CGCCGGCCCCCGCCAUGAUGGGAAACAGGAGCCGUUACGGCUGCGCCGGCCUCCCGGCUCUGGGGCUCCCCCCGCCGCCCUCUCUCCGCUCCCAGCGGCGCCUCCCUCUCGCGAUAGCCACGGAACCGACGCCCGCCCGCUCCCUCCUCCUGACACUGCCUCUCUCCUCCCCUGACACUACCCCUCCUCUUCCUCUGCUCUGCCCUGCCCGGCGGCCCGCGCCGCCCCGUCAGCGCGCAGCUGCGCGGCCCGCGCCGCGCCUCCCUGAGAUACUGCUCGCCCGCGGCCGCCUGAGCCUUCUGUCAGGACUGUACGCGGCGGGCCCGGAGCUGCUCUCAGCCUGCCGUCGCAGGCCUGACAGCCUUUCGCCUGGAGGGGCCGGCGCCCCCCAAGACGGUAGCGAAGUCUUGUUACCGACCCUCUCCCCGCGUGGAACAGCUGUCUGGGACAUCGCGCAGCCGCCACUGUGUCCAGGCCGCGGGGCGCCCGCCGGGAGGGGUACUGCUGAGGACGCGGGCGCGCCAAAGCCACACGGCUGCGCGGUCGCUCCCACGAGCAGUCUCGGUGGAGGUUGCGAAGCACCGCGGCUCGCUGCCUCCCGCAGCCCCACUUCUCGGGGUACCGGCGUGCAUCCCCUAGGAGGGAAUUACUUGGAUGCGAGUUACCCUGACUUACAUACCGAUCCACAAUUCUAAAGCUCGAUAGAUUUUCAGCUGUAUAAUGGAAAAACUGUUUAAACCCCCAGCUGUCUCUAAAGGAGACAGGUAACCUUCUAUCUGACAACAACGACGCCCCGGGCAAGCACUCCAACGCUAGUUUUGCCGCCGUAUUUCCUAUGGCUGUCCAUCUUCUGAUGGCUUGAGCUCCUUAAGAGCAGGGAAUACCUCACCCUCCAGUUACAUUCCGUGGAAGCACCAGCCCUUCCGAGCGGAAAGGCUGAAGUUCACUCCCUUUUCUUAACAGCACCCAACAGCUUGACCACUACAGGGGGCAAAACCUGAGAGAGCGGCCCUUCAGAAACACCUGACAGUGGUAACGCGAAAGCUGCUCUAUCGUGUUUGUAAGAUGUAAAAAGUAAGACUUGCUAAUUUAUUACAGAAAGAGGCAAAUUCAGCAGCUGCCGGGCGGCUCGGCGGCGUGACGCCCGCCCGGCGGCAGAGGCGGGGCGCGGUUGCUCUAUCGCUGCGUAGAGGGCGCAGCGGAAGUGCGCAGAGCCUCUCGGCUUGGCCCCGCAGCCCGGCACGCCGCUGCUUCAGGGAGUGGAGGCGGCGUCAGGGGGUGUCUGGGUCUGUGGCUUCGCGGCCGCGAAGAAGGUUCUACCGAGCAAGCAGCCGGUGAGGUUAGUGGAAGUCUCCGGGGUUCGGUCCUUGCUGCCUUUAGGACCGGACGGUAGAAGCGGAGCCGAGGGCCAAAGCGGACGGGGGUCCCUUAUCGGCGCUUGGCGUGGGGGGAAGCCGAUUACCGGCGAUGCGUGAACGGCCUCGUAUUAGCCGGUGCUAGGCUUGUCUCCCGUUAUCGGUACGCCGGCAGAUAAAACUAUAAACAUGAAGAAAUUAAAGCUUAAAGAACUGGAAAGCUGUCUUCAACAAGUUGAUACUUUUGAAAGUCCAAAAUUACUCCUUGAACAGUAUCCAACAAGACCUCACAUCGCAGCAUGUAUGCUUUAUACAAUUCACAAUACUUUUGACGAUAUUGAAAACAAAACAAUUGCAGAUUUAGGAUGUGGUUGUGGCAUACUCAGCAUUGGAAGUGCAAUACUGGGAGCUGGAUUGUGUGUGGGGUUUGACAUAGAUGCAGAUGCACUGGAAGUAUUUAAUAGCAACGUUGAAGACUUUGAGCUCACAAACAUCAACAUGGUUCAGUGCGAUGUGUGUUCUUUAUCUGACAGCAUGUCACGGACUUUUGACACAGUUAUUAUGAACCCUCCCUUUGGUACCAAACAUAAUAAAGGAAUGGAUAUGGUAUUUCUGAAAACUGCUUUACAAAUGGCAAAAACAGCUGUAUAUUCCCUUCACAAGACUUCAACACGGCAGCAUAUAGAGAAGAAAGCAGAUGAAUGGGAAGUGAAGAUGGAAGUCAUAGCAGAACUUAGAUAUGACCUACCAGCAUCAUACAAGUUCCAUAAGAGGAAAUCAGGAGCCCCUCACAGAACCAUUUGAGAAGCAGGCAGGAGGAAGCUGUGCACUCAAUUUCACAAGGGGAGGCUGUGAAAAUGUAGCCAGGAUGCUGGCAUAUGGAAGCUUAAGCCAACAGGCAAGUUCCCAGGUACUGAAUGCUGGCCAGAAAAUAUGUAUCCUUGGUACUUAGAGAAAGCAGAGAAUCCUGAAGGGGACUGAGCAAAAUUUUCAACAUUAUUAAAAUAUGUGGAGUAGCAAAGACUGGGAACUUUAAUUGAGCUGUACCUGUUCUCUUGGUGACUUGAGUGAUGCAAGUCUGUCCUUCAGUUUUGCUGCUUCAGAUUUGCAGCUUUGUAUUACAUUAAGAUCCAGACUCAGCAGUUUUAAGUUCUGAAUUUAUUGAGAGCUGCUAUUUAACGUAACUGUAGGAUUACAGAGUCCAGAACCUUUCGCAUUUGAAUGAGGUGCCAGAGACUCUACUUGAGCAAAUCUGACAGUAUAAACCAAACUAUAAAUAUAAAAAAGUUUUCCAAGGUGGCAUGUUAAGAAUAAGCAUGCUUAAGGAGAAUGAAAACCAGCUGCAACUCAAAACAAAGCUUUCCUUUCAUUGUAGGUUGACAUUGAAGUGGAUUUCAUUAGAUUUUCUACCAAGAAACUCCUGAACUGAGGGCAUGUCUUGAAAACCUAUUGAAAGUGGAGCAAUAAAAGCACAUUUUUUUAUUGUUA